AUGAAUGCAUCCCAUAGGGAAUCUAGAAUUAGAAAGCGGUCAUCAAAUGCCUGCCAACGAUGCCGCAAGCAAAAGAUCAAAUGUUCUGGAAUUCAACCAUGUAACACAUGCCACAAGCGGAAACUGACCUGUACAUUCGACGAUCGUGAUCAGAAGAUUCUUGUGACUCGGGGAUUUAUUGAAGACCUUCAGGCAAGAAUUUCAUCCUUGGAACGUGACGAAGAUGAAACAUCUAGCCUGCACAGCUAUAUUGAACAGGACAGAGCUAGGUCCAAUCAUGAGAAUAUCCCCUUGAUUGAAAAUAGAUUGGACCCAAAUCUUGAAGAGGAGUCAGACCUGACGAACCCACUCUCUACCGCUCCAUCAACCUUUAUGACUGCUGCAAAUGGCCGUACUUUCUACCUAGGAACAUCAUCCAACUGGUCUUUUGCUCGAAGGAUCCUAAGUAUGACCCACGAACAUGUCUACAAUUCUCCUCUUCCAACAGAAAGUUUGCUUUUUGAAGGUUCGACGUAUGACUUAGGCUGGGAUGGGUUGCGAACCACAGUUGAUCAAGAACUUCCUAUCGUUCCAACCUUGGAUUAUUCCAUAUACCUGAUCAAUGCUGUCAAAUUUCAUGCUGGACAAUUGUUCCACCUCUUCGAUGAAGGAACUUUUAUGGGGGGCUUGUAUGCAUUCUAUGAAGAUCCACAGCAACAGAUGGCUUCCCCUGACCUAUGGUACAUUCAUUAUUUGGUUAUAAUUGCGCUUGGGAAAGCACUGGUUGUCCACCGAAAUCGAACUGGCCGACCCCCUGGCUGUGAAUUCUUCACCAAGGCGCUCCAGCUGCUUCCAGACUCUACACAUCUCUGCAGAGACCCCGUCAAUGCAACAGAGAUUCUAUGCUGCAUAGCACUAUACCUUCAAUCACUGGAUUUUCGCAGUGCGGCCCACAACUUCAUCGGUCAAGCCGUACGGAUCGCCCUCGCCCAGGGUAUGCACACUGACAUGCCAGUCCAACACCUUGGGGACGCUCUCGUUCAGAGAUGUCGCAGUACAUGGUGGACAAUUUACAUCUUGGACCGAUUAAUGACCUCGUUGAUGGGAUUGCCUCAGUCUAUUCACGACAGUCAAAUUCAUGACCAGCUUCCAUAUUUUCCAGGUUCACCCCAAAAGGCAAUUGCGCUGAGCAUGCAAAUCCGCAUGUGUCAAAUAAUUGCGGAAAUAAAUAGCACUGUGUACGGAGCCGACGGGCGAUUAAAUCAGAAAUUCCUUGUGAGAACCAAAAAAGCACUGGCUAGCACGACUAAUUUGGCAAGCGAUCUCCAGAGAUCAUUUGACUUGCAGUUGGACAAAUCUACAAUAAGUGGCGUUUCUCGACUGUCAGCCCAUUUGCACCUACUCUAUCACCAAUGUAUUGUUCUAGCAACACGACCUUUAUUAUUAUGCUUCUUGACGAUGAAAUUCCAAUCUGCCGAUAUUUGUCUCGAGACUCUUGAUUCGUUAGCAAAUGUGCUUCGACUGCUUCAGGUGUGCAUUGACUCCGCACAGCAACAACUUAAUAUCCUUACCUGUCUAUACGAGCAAAGUCUUCUUGAUAGCUUUCUUCCAUUUGACCUCGAAGCCACAUUUGUCUCCAGCAUCGUCCUUUUAAUAGCCCCAAAAAUCGAUAUCUCUCUCUUGGAAAAUCGCACAGCGUGGCUACAGAAGAGUUAUGUGAUUCUGGACGAUAUGAUUUCUCGCGGAAACCUCAUUGCGCGGUUUCGGAAAUCCGAGCUCGAGCAGCUGGGCAGGUUAUUGGACAUGCUCUCCCCGGAUGGGCCAUUUCAACCUGAUGAUUCAAUGGAAAAAGGACAGCAGGAUGGUGUAGAAACCCCAAUGUCAUCGCUAAUGCAUCAUACGUAUCGGGUGACUGAGCUACUGAGUUUGAACGAUGGGCUUACGACGGCUGAGAUUAUGGCGGUAGCAGAGUCGAUUGACACUGGAGAUGUAGACUGGGUUGCUCACGCAGUUACCGAGAACCAGAUUUGGUAG